AUGAUAGCGGUGUGGAUUGUACUGCUGUUGGCGGUGGUGAUACUGUUUUUGCUGUUGUUGGUGGUGGUGGUACUGGUGGUAAUGAUAUUGGUGGUGGUACUGGUACUGCUUAAUAUUGCUCUCACUUCUAUUUCCAAGAUGUUACCGACUACUUUCAAGACUCGUCGACACUCUACCACAACGAUUAGACAUCCCCGAGGACCGCCUCUCUCCAAGGUAUACCAGGAGCAGCCCCAGCAUAAACGAAGUAUGACGGGUAAGAAGGCAAACACGACGGGGGACAAUUUGGCCAACACAUUAGCCUUCGAAGCAGCCGGCGAGGGGGGUUCGGGUCAAUUGUCGUCCGCUACUCAACGCGAUCUAGAAGCCCCUGAGGAUUUGAUGAGCGGGAACGUCGACCAGGUCACCCUGCAGCAGCUGUUGCUGGGUGUCCUGUCAGCGGCGCAGGCCAAAGCCCAGAAAGCGCCAGCAAGGGAUCCCCAGACAGCACCAUCGAAGCCUCGUGACUGCCCUCCGGACGUGGUCAUCGUAAAAGACAUCAACUCCAUGCCAUCUGCAAGAGAAAAGUUCACCGCGAUAAGGACCGACGUCCAGGCGAACGAUGCCCCAAAGCUCACAGCCUCCCAUAUGGCGAUUACACUGCCCAGGUCCAAAACGGGCCAGGAGGGGAAAGGGCAGACCGCGCGGAUCGCACGUGUAGGGGGCGUGGCUUGCCUAGUGGACUUGACAGAUAGGCUGCUGUGGUCUGGUAACUCCACCCUUGUCCCCAGCUUCCCCGCGGAGGGUGUGUGUCCGCUGCUGUGCAGGGUAAAGUGUCCCUCGUUUACAAGCGGCAGGCUCGGCCCAGUUGGAGACCUGGUGAUUGUGCAGCCCACUCGGAACGCCAGACGCAUCAGUGUACAACGAUCACUGCACGGCCAAAGCACCAGUUUCGUUGCACGCUAG